CAUUUCGUUUGGAGCUACUCUCGCUGUUUACAAGCAGACGACAUUGGGUUUAAAAGUGAAAACAGUGAUAUGCGAGUAUCAUGGAGUGAAAUACUGUAUGGAGAUUAACGGGUUACUGUUUUACAUAGGAAUAACAUUUCACGUAAUAAAUAAUACAGAAUUACGGAUAAUAAAUAAAUGUUAGUUUGCUGUCGGAAUAUGGAAUAUUUGAAUUUUGUAAUGUCGCCUUAAUUUUAUUUAGAAAUUGUUCGCGACCCAAGAGGUCAUGGCGCAUUCGUCGAAAAGGUCACCGCACACAAUGUGAACUGGAACUAAAUGAAGACCCGGGGAUUUUAACUGGAUAAAUCACGUCAAAAACAAUGUCAAGGCGGAAACAGUCAAAUCCUAAGCCACUAAAAAGGUCAGAAGAUGAAGAAGAUGAAGAUGGCAUAGUCAAGGAGGCUGACCAAUCAGAAGAAAGAACAAAUAUGGAGACAGACCAAUCGGAUUCGCCGAUACAAAGUGACCAGGAAGAUGAACCAAAUACUGAGGAGCUUACUAUCAAUAAGAGGGAAAAUGAUGUCAAAGAUGGACAGUUGACCCAAAGUGAAAAAUCUGACAAAGAAAGUGAAAAAAUUAUAAAAUUGGAGGAAAGAGUGCAGAAAUCUGGUGCAGUGUCACCUAGAAGAUUUGAGGUGAUGAGGAGACUUAAUUUUCCAAUUGAUUUACUGACAUUGAGACAGGUUGAGGAAUCAGAAUUCUUGUUGACAGGAAUUCCGUGGUCAGUUACCACGGUUACCUCUGUCCAAAAGGGAAGUACCAUCGGGCCGUAUCUUGGGGAAACUGUGGCCCUAAGUUCUAUCAAACCAGGCGAGUUGGUUCUGCAGUUUCAAGGUCAAGAUGGUGAGUUCUCAUUCAUUAAGGUCACAGAAGAGACGGGGGCGUGGCUCUCUUUGCUCCGCCCAGCAGAAGCAGGGUCAUGUCAUAACACCUGUGUCUACUUUGAAGGAGGUAAAAUCUGGUGUGAGGUGGAAGAAGAUCUUGACGAGGGGACUGAACUCUUGGCAUCAUUCACCACCAGUCAGGGCAGCCCCAGCGCUAGUGUAGAGCCAGAGAGACGAGACAGAGUAGAGGCACCUGUCCGGGAAGCAAGAGUUGUUGUCCCUACUGGAGUGAAGAAACCCGAGGCCAAGUCUGGUAUCUCUGUGACACCUCAACCAGCCCUGAUCUAUGGCUGCCCGUUCUGCUACGUACGUUUCUCAAGCCGUCGUACCCUGGACGCUCACCUGACCUACUACUGCUCCAAGAAGCCUGCAGGUUUUGUCAGUCUCUCGGAGCUUCAACAGCGGAUCCAGUUACAGACACAGGCUGUGCAGUUGGAGCUGCAGGCGAGGAACAAGGUCGAUGAUGAGGAUACGGAUUCUCCAAUCAGCAAAGAGCAGACAACUCCCAGGGGCAUUAAACGUGCGGCUGAUGAAAUGUCACCAGAACCAAAUGAAAACAGCUCCGACGCUGGAUCCCCAAGGCCAAAGUCUCCUAGAAAAGCCGUCUCACACAAGUGUCAAUUCUGCUCCUACUCCACUGACAAGCCCGCAAACCUUCAGCUUCAUUUAGCAACACACAAAACAGCGAUAACGCUUAAGCCGACAGAAGUUGAGCGACUGUCCGUCUCGCCAGCCUGCAAUGAUGAAAUGUUCUGCAAGGAAUGUAAGAUACAGUUCUCGUCUAUGAGCACCUAUCAAGGGCACAAGGAAUUUUAUUGUAGAUUUCGUCUGGGAGCAGGGAAAGAAUCCGAAAGCGAGCUUGCUUCCCCAGGCAGUGGAAGUCAGGCGGUGAAUGAAAUGACGUUAAAAGUGCUUAAAUCAAAUCAGUUGGCUGUAGAAUCGCAGCUGUCUGCCAAAGGGCAACUUCACCCGACCCUUCUAGCUUCAAGUCCACACCUUCUGCAUUCCCAGGCUCUUGUCUCGGAACUUACGUUAAAAUCACAACAGAAUGAAAUAACUAAAACCACGGUAAAGGCGCACAAACCUGUUAGCGCAACAGUAACUCACAGUUUACUUUUGUCGCCAAAAAUGUCAGAAGACCAGCCUUUAGAUCUGAGUAAAUGGGCUAAAAAAGACAGCAACGAUGAGAAGAGAUUGGUUUUAAGCAAAAGUGAAACUUCAGCUAAAGAAAUUUCUUGUAAGUCGGAACAGUUAAGCCCAGCAGCAAAGAAAAUCAAAUCUGAGGGGAAAUUGCCAGAAAUUCAGACUGCACUUCCAAAGACACCCCUAAACAUUCCAACUAUCCAUCCAUCUUUGUUUCUUAAUAGUCAGCCUAUUCAGUACGUUAACAAGAAGCCAAUUCCACCAUUGCAGUCAGUGAGUCGAUGUGUUGAGUGUAACAUUGUCUUCUAUAAGCACGAGAACUACUUGAUUCACAAGGAACAUUACUGCUCGGGACGACACAAUGGCAAAGAAUCGUCUUCUUCAGAUUCUGAAAACCAGGACAGUGACAGUCCUGCAAAAGAUGCCGAGUCAUUGCCAAAAGUGGAUAUUCAACACAAAGAGAAUGGACUCAAAGAAAGUGAAAGUAAUGAAAAGAUCAAAGAAUUAAAGGAAACUGUACUGGAAACGAGAAAAGAAGUGUGUUACAAAUAUUUUUGCAUUCCGUGUAAGAUUAAAUUCAGUUCUGCAGGAACAUUAAAUGCGCACAAGGAAUUCUACUGUCCGCAUGGGAAAGAAAAUCAGACAAGUCUUUCUGACAAUGAAACUUGCAAAGAUGAUCCGGCAGGGGGUGUAAAUGUGCUGAACUAUCAAUGUGAAAACUGUAAAACUGACUUCUGCUCAGCAAGACUUCUCAAACUUCAUGUAUGUAUGGGAGAGUUAUCUCCGUCCCCUCUUCUAAGAUGUCCAUAUUGUGACUACGUUACCCAGACUGAAAAUCGCCUCUCUGAACACAUGAAAGUUCACGUCCCUACGAAGGCAUUCAAAUGUAAUUUGUGUGGUUACCGUGGAAACACUGCCAGAGGAAUGAGAAUGCAUGGGAAAGUCCACAUGGAAAAUGGUGAAGAAUUCACUGAUGAUAACAUGAUCGAAUUCGAAGAACCCCCGCUAGUCCCCAUUCAAAGAAACGGAUUAAGUGACAAUAAGGGACCAGUUGACAUGGAAACUGAACUUAUUCGUAUGAAAAAUGAGCCAUACAAGAGAAGACGGUCUCGAAAAUCCUUUGAGAAAUCGGAAAACAUGGUGCCGUUCUUAAAUCCAACAUUGCAGAUCUGUGCAGCCUGCGGGCAGACUUUUACAAACAUGAACGAUUUUGCGAUUCAUCUGCGCAUGCACGAAAUCGCAAUGCUGGAAGCCAUGAAGAAUCUGAAAAGCCUACAUUGUGAGCAUUGCAAUGAAUACGUGGCCGAAACACUGACCAGCUUGCUGAUUCACAUGCAGACCAAACACCCGGAACAAUUUCCCGGAACGAGCAAGUCGGAAAAGGAUGCAUCUUCCGAAGACGAAAGGUCAAGGUCAAUGAGCCAUGCUACGGUGUCAAGGUCGUCUUCUGUAGAGAGCUCUCAGACUGCAGGUCAUGAUGACAGACAGAACUGCUCGUUUUCCAGUGAGAAGGACAUGUGUCAUAGCGUUGACACAGGUAGGGGUGAAUCAAGCUACGUAGAGGUUAAAGUAGAGAUAGACGCGAGCGAUUCGGAAGUUGAGGAAAAUAAUCCCAGGUUUGAUAAGGUCAAGGUCACAAAAGGAUCUCAAGAUGUCAAUGAUCUGUCUGUAAAAUCUCAUCAUCAUUCAAACGCCAGCCCAUCAUCCCAUUCCAGUGAAGAACAUAGAUCUAAAAAGCGCGGUUCUCCAGAAAUCCUGCAGAAUGAGCCUUUAAAGUCUGAAGUGUCUAGAAAAACUGAAGGAUCGCUAACCAACUCUAAAACAUUGUCAGUUAAAAUAGAAUCUGAGUUGCCACAAAGCUUGCGUCUUCAGACUGACUUUUCUCGAAUAGCAAAAGAGACACGGCCCAGAUCGCCUCGAAAGGACGCGAGCAAACAUGAACCCAAAUUAUCACCAAAGCUGUUGUCGCCAGACCCCAAAACACGAUACUUGAUGAACAUAAAGCAAGAACAGCAUUCCCCUGUCUCCACUCCAGUCACACCAAAAAAGUCAACAUCGCCAAUAAGUCCAAAGACGCUUAUUACUUCUUCAAAGGUUUCGCUACCACUAGAGCAGCUCUCCCCAAAGCUUCAGGAUAUUUCAUUACUUUACAACCACCCCGCAAUCUUUUCUCCUUACGCUUUUCCUCUCGGAUUUCCGCUACCGAUGGUUCCGCCAGUGAGCUUAAUCGCAAGUGCACCCGCUAAUGGGAACCCUAGCGAACGGAACGGACGGAAAUAUUGCAAACAUUGUGAUAUUAACUUUACUUAUUUAUCGUCAUUUUUGACUCACAAGAAAUAUUACUGUAGUGCUAGAAAUGGGACGGAGGAUACUGAUAACCAGACUGCAACUGCGUGAUGAUUACAGAUGAUAUACCGUCAAGUGUUUGAAAAAAUUACUUUUUGGUUCGCACGUAUUUUUUUCCGGAUUAAAAAAAAACAAACGAAGAAUUUGCAUCAGUCAUUUUUAGAGUUAGUCAUUUAUAGCAACUUUAUUGCUAGUUUGUUAAGUGUGGGUGCACAUUAUUAGUGAAGGGAUGAGCUUUUGUGAUAUAUAUAUAUAUAUAUAUAUAUAUAUAUAUAUAUAUAUAUUAUAUAAUUUAUUGUGCCAUAUCUUGUAAACUUAAAUGUUCACGACAUGUUAUUUGAAAAAGCACAGUAAUCACUAUAGUUAACAUAUUACGCAUAUGUCUGAAUAUUUUAAAUCUAACAAAAAAACAACCAUUUAUUUAAAUAUAUGUUAAAUGACCAUUUGUUAACAUCUGUUAAAUAUUGGUUGCAUUCAAAAAUAGGUAUUGUCCAUUUAUUUUCAAAUGUUCUGUUACAAUUUAUUUAGUGUUUUAAUUAAACUGUUAUUGCAUGUUUUUUGCCAUGCAUUCAUACUGGUUUUAUAUGUUUGAUUUCUAGGCUGGAAAGCGUCAAUGCAACAAUUAUCUUGUCUGCAACAAAAUACAUGUUAAUGUAUCAUUAAAUGUGCUUACAAAGUGUGCUACUGUUGUCCAUUCCAAAAUAUUCAAUUUAUAUUUCUUGGUAACUUUUGCAACCUUUUUCUAGGGUUGUCUGAAACCAGCUUUGCAAAAGUAUUGUUAUGAUCAGUCACACUGUUUUGGUUUGUUGUUGUUGUUUAUUCUUUGAUAAAUUCUGUGUAACAGCAUACUUAUGUUUGCCACAAGCAAAUAUUAAAGACAAACUGAUGUCUGUUUGUUUGGAAAAAAUAUCACUUUAACUAUUGUUGUUAUGUGGAUACACAGAGUCCUUAUGACUGUUUAUUUCACCACAUUAACUAAGCAUGUUUGAAAUGAUCUGAUAUUACAUUGCAUGGGCAUUAAGCUUUAAAAUAAAUCUUCACCCGUUACCACUUAGAUACGUAUUUUAACGCAUUUGUAGUCAAUUAGAAAGUUAUUUUUAAAUUAAGACCUUUCUUUCUAAAGUCAAGUUUUAAAGGCUUCGUUUCCAAUCCUUAGAUACUGAUGAGCAGCAAACAGCAUAAAACCUGAACAGUCUGCAAGUUACUCGCAGGCUGUUCUGGUUUUAUGCUGUUUGCCUAUAGCCUUUUCACUUGCUUCUGAGUAAGACGUGGUUAAUCCUCUCACUGCAGAAAACCUGUUGCUUGAUUUACAUAUUAUGUUAUUGCUUUGUUGUUGUUGUUGCAGAUUUGCCACAAUUAUUUCAACCACGUUUUGUUGGUUCUUAAUUCAUAUUUAAGUAUAUCAAGUAUAUGCAGUCCUAUGAGCUCAUUAUGGGAAGCAGUACAUUUAAGCUGUGCUCUGAGAAAAUGGGGUUUAAUGCAUGUGCUUCAACUGUCGUCCCAGAUCAGCCUGUGCAGGAAUCCGUGACAACACUUUCAGCUUACGCUGGAUUUUCAUAAAGAAAGGAGCUCCAUAAAAGCGGAAAAAUUGGUCCCUGAUUAGCAUGUGUGUACCAAACAGGCUUAUCUGGGACAACAGUAUUUACACAAAUGAUUUAACACCCAUUUUCCCCUUAGCAUAAUUAAACUAGUGUAGACAAUUUGACAAAUGAGAAAGGUUUCUAUUGCACUGAACAUAAGUGUGUUAGAUGUAUUGAUUUGUUGAUGCACUAAACAGUUAUAAGUCACAUAUGUUGAAUGAUGCAUCAUUCAGUUUGGUGUUAAAGAAAUUUAACUUAACAAUAUAGGGAGAAAAUUGUUUUUUGCUAGCUGGCUCCGGUUGAUUUUACAAUACAUACUUUCCAACUUUAGCAUGACUGGGCCCUUAUUUGCAAACUGGGCCCUUAAUGCAAACUGGGCCCCUUAGUUGCAGACUGGGACCCUUAUUUGCAGACUGGGACCCUUAUUUGCAGACUGAGCCCUUAUUUGCAGACUGGCCCCUUAUUUGCAGACUUGGUCCCUUAUUUACAGACGGGGCCUUUAUUUGCAAAGCACCUUAGGGGAAACUUAAGCAUGGAUCCCAAAUUUAUCAAAUUCCUUUGAUCCAUGCACAGUAAUUUGUGUUUACUUUUUAAAACAUUAAAAUGGAUUAAACAAGUUCCUAUUAAUGAAAUGAAUAAUAUUUUCUACUUUUUAAUAACUAACUUGGUGUUGUUACAUUUUGAUUUCUGAACAAAAUGUGUGUUUUUUUCAGCAUGGCAUAGAAAGUUAAUAACAAUCUUAAGUGCUAGAUUUUAUUCAAGUCAAUUGUGUCUAUAUUGACUGUUUUAUAGUGAUUAUUAAUUAGAUAAUGAUGAUGUAUAAUAGCAGAUCUGUUGUCACUACAGUGUAAGGAACAGUGUAUUUAUAGACUUAUCUCACGCAAGUUUUCUAAUUAUUUCCUUCACCUGAAAUAGAUAACAUCAAAGCACAGAAUAUUAAGUAAGAGAACAUUUUGUUACGAUUUUCUGUUCAUUAUAUCAUAAAGUUUUAGUGUCUUCAACACAAAUGUUUAUGUUCUGUUCACAUGCAUUAUAGUAAACUUUGGUGUUUUCUUUGCUUGACAGCUAAUUGUUGUUUUCCUUGUUUUUAGCUUUCUAGUCUUCUGUGCAAUUAUUUAUUCCUGUCUUUUUAGUGCCUGACGAACAAGCAUGGAAUAGUUAACAUCAUUCGUAUAGAUAAUUCUAAGGAUUUUAUGGAAUUACCAGAAAAACCUUCCAAUUCCAAGAAAAAACUUCAACUUUAAUUUAUAAAUACUGAAAUGCUUUUCUCCUUUAGUUAUAUGAUCCUUUAUAUUGUAAUUUUGAUUUAAAAAAUAAGGUAGUCAAUCAAGAAAAUUAAUUAAUUUCUCUUUGUUUUUGUUUUCAUAGUCAUUUAUCUUAGGUAAAAAAAGUAGACUGAAAUUAUGCAGAUUUUUAUCAUUAUAAAUAUAAUUCCAUAAUUUUGGUUGCAUUGCAAGAUCAUAUCAGUUAGUUUGUAUUAUUGAAUGUUAAAUCAUCCAUGUAAUUUCACAGGCCAGUUACUUCCCUUAGUUUAAGUGUUGAUAUCCAAGAGUUCUGUCCCUUUUCUAUGGGGACACAUUUGCACUUGUUAUGUUGAUAUGGGAAUAUAUGUAUCAAAAAUAUCGAGUCAGCUUAGCUGUUGUAAUGUGUCUAUUAAACAUUUGAUUUGUUUCGAUUUUAUAAUAAAUAUUGAAAAAUG